GCAGUAUUAUUUUUUAAAGUGCCUGUUGUCGUGUCCUAUGUGAGCGCUGUGCUGCGUCUGUGAUGUCUAACAUUGUUUGUGAUAAGUCCGCGCAGAUGACAACGGUUUGGAUUGCACUGAGACGGCUUGAUAAAAACGAUGACAGGGUGGUGGCUCUACGAGAAGUGUCCAUCCCUGAAACUGCUGAUGUCACAGUUAUCACAGAGAUCAUCUCAGAUACCUUUGGGUUAAAGUCUUCAGAUAUCCUAUUUAAGUUAAGGAAUCAUCGUGGCUGUCUUAUCCCCCUAAACAGUCAUAUUCCCGUCAACAGCAAGCACAUGCCACAUGUGCUUGAGGUAGUCAAGGUGUUUCAGCACGUGUUCCCUAAGGCCAGGACUAUUCCCAUGACAGUGAUCAACAAGACCAUGAAGACCAGGCUACAGACUAUCGACAGGAGGAUCCAGAGAUUGGAAGACCUCCUACCUCAAAUCAAACUCCAGCAAAAUGAAAAACUAGGACAGGAGAUCGACUGUCUCAACCAGAUGUUGAAAUUCCUUCAUAAGAGGAUGCAGGUGGUAGACUCUCACAGCUGGAAAGGCGUGCUGACCAGAGCUCCUCUGUGGUAGACCAUCACUGCACAUAUCCGGCUCUUGAAGGGGGCAUCUUUAAGACUCCAGAAACACU